AAAAUAACAAAUCUUUAAGCACAUUGACUUAACCUUCUGUCUGAAAUGAAGGUUUCUCAGUCUAUCAUCACUAUUAUCACCUUAGCAUUGAUCAUGCCCUUUAGCAAUGCUUAUGAUCCCAGUCCUCUCCAAGACUUCUGUGUGGCCGUUAAUAACCUCAACGGUGGUGUUUUCGUGAAUGGUAAAUUCUGUAAGGAUCCGAAGCAAGUGAAGGCAGAAGACUUUUUCUACUCAGGCCUCAACAUGGCUGGAAACACCGAUAACAAAGUCAAAUCCAAUGUAACAACAGUGAAUGUUGAUCAGAUUCCAGGGCUAAACACUAUGGGAAUAUCCUUAGUUCGCAUAGACUACGCGCCAUACGGCCAAAACCCACCUCAUACGCACCCACGUGGCACUGAGAUCCUUGUCCUAAUCGAGGGAACAUUAUAUGUCGGUUUUGUUUCUUCCAAUCAAGACAAUAACCGUUUAUUCACCAAAAUUUUGCAUCCCGGGGAUGUGUUCGUGUUCCCAAUAGGAAUGAUCCAUUUUCAAGUGAACGUCGGAAAAACUCCUGCGGUGGCCUUUGCAGGAUUAAGUAGCCAGAACGCUGGUGUCAUCACUAUCGCAGAUACUGUGUUUGGAUCAAACCCUCCGAUUAAUCCAGAAGUUCUGGCUCAAGCGUUCCAGUUGGAUGUCAAUGUUGUCAAAGACCUUGAGGUCAAGUUUAAGAACUGAAGUCAUUAAGAGUGUACCGUUGUAACACUCAAAAUAAUAAUGUAAUACGAAUUAAAAGUUAUACUACCUAAUAAAAUAAAAUAUGGUGUUGUAUUCACCUAAUUGAUACAGUA